AUGUCCGGUCUAGAAGACGAUAGUCACAACCAGCACGCACUACAGCUUCUACCAUCGCAGCAACCACCACAAUGGAUAGCCGUCCACGGCCCAAACGGCGGGCGCCGUCCCCGAGCAGCUCGGCCAGGCGUCCCCCGGCCCCGUGCCGGCCUCGACCCCAUCGACUACAAGAACCACAAGCUCACGCUCGACUGCCUGGACUACUACAACAACUUUGUAUGCCCGGACAUGGUGCUGCUCGACACGACCGCGAACCCGCUCCGCGUGCCGCUCGAGUUCUGGCGCUACAUCCCCGACGUCGUCCUCGACAUGCUCGUGUCCACGUCUCUCACGCACCAGCUCAUCAGGGCAAAGGCUCAUGAAGUCUCAACGAUUGGGAUGGAAGGGAAUAGCCUCGUGCCAAUCAAGAGGCAUAGGAUGAGCGCGCUGCAGGGCCCGUCUGUGCCUGUCAUAUACAAGUACCAUCAGCGGACGCUGAUGGCGGUGAAUCAGGAGCUCAGUAAGACAGAGUCGCGGUAUGGGGACUUGGCGCUCGGUAUCAUCAUAACGCUCAUGCGUGUAGAGAUACAACAAUCUGCGUUUGGCGCCUGGCCGGCGCACCUGGAAGCAGCCCGGGCCAUCAUCGCGCAGCGCGGAGGAUUCAACCGGCUGGCGACGAUGGAAGACGUCUACGUUGGCGAGGGUCUGGUCAACUUUAUGCUUGUCGACAUCAUGAACUCGGUCAUGACGCCCACGUGGCUGAUGGACGAGCGCACAGCCACCCAGACCGAGUAUAUAGCUCACCUCCACACCAUCUACAAGGACGGCAGGGACUCGGACUUUCCCUGCCCGGCGACUCUCCUCGAGGCCAUCAUCCGUAUCAACGAUGUCCGGGCGCUGAGCCGCGACGAGGACCAGGACGAAGCCGAGCUCGACCGCGUCUCCGGUCAAAUCUUCACCAGCAUCGCCUCCUUCAACGCCGCGGACUGGACCAGGACCCACGUCCGCACACUGCUCUCGCCGGGCGUAUUGACGACCUCGUCCCCAUCCUCGGAUGACACAGCAAGGGACAGCUCCGACGAGCAGCUCCACAGCGAGAGCCGCGACGUAGCAGACAAAGGACUCGACGACGCCGUCGCCGCCGUGCACGACAUGUGCACAGAUCUCACCAAGACGAUCCAGUACGCCGUACUGCUCUACUGCCUCCGCACCCUGCACAUGGACCGACGGACCUCAAGCGGCAUGUCUUCCCCCCAGCUCGCGUCCGUGUGGCUCUCCGACGACAUGGCACUGGAUGUCGAAUCCGCGCACAGGUCCGCCCUCGACAUGCUCCUGGCCGCGCUGCAUAGGCUAUGGGACGUCGAGGCCAAGGGGAAGGACUGGUGCGGGAAGCUGUCGUUCUGGCCGCUGUUCAUCGCCGGCAUGGAGAUGGACCCCGGGCCGGAGACUCAGGCGGAGAGGGAUUUUGUCUGCGGUUCGUUGCGGAAGCUGGUGUACUACCUGGGGGACUUGAGCCCCCUGGAUGCGGUCUCGGUGCUGCAGCUGAUCUGGCGCAGGACGGCGGUGGGGGGCUGCUCGGGGAGGCAGCGGUUCUCGUGGGAUGAGAGACUGGUCAUGCCUGGCAUUCGGGGCCUCUACUUUUUCUGA